AUGUAUGUAAUUAAAAAUACUGUCAUUGUUAAUUUUAGAUCAAUUUAUAAAAAUGUAUAUAAUUUUCCUCAAUGUAAUAAAAUUAUGAAAGAUAUAUUAUUCGAAAAAGUUGGUGAUAUGGGUCCUGUUAAUAGAUUCUUUUCUAAAUAUAAUAUUAGGAAUAAUAUACUUGAUGCAAUAAAAUGUCAAAAAGCUAUGUUAUAUGUAUUAGACAUAGAUAUUAAAAGUAAUUUUUAUAAUGUGACUAAAGAAUCUGGUUUUUUAUACUUGAAUUAUUGGUUAUAUAAUAAUAUAAAGGCGGAUGAUAAAAGCAGGGAAACACAGAAGAUUUAUGAAGCAUUGUUAAAGGAUCAUAAAAGUAUAUAUACAGACUCUAAUUGCCUUGAAUUUAAACAUUACACCAUUACAAGUACUCAUAUAAAGUGGAUCAAUAAGAUGUAUAGUAUGUAUGAGUGCCUUAACGGAAUGAAACAUAAAGAUGAAUCUUAUUCUAUAGACCCAUUAUGUAACGCACUGAAAGACUUUAUAAAUAAGUAUGAAUCAGAAGUUCAAAAUGACACUGAAAAAUCACAAAAUCCAACAUUAUUUGACAAAUGCAAAAAUAAUACAAGAGUUCCUACAAUAAUUAUUACAAUUGUAGCAUUGUUAAUAUCAAUUGUAUUUCUUGUAUUAUAUAAAACUCCGAUUGGUUCAUAUUUUCAGUCCUUACUAAUAAGAAAAAGGAACGAUUGUAAUAUUAUGGAUUCAGAAACAAAUAAUCUGCAACCACCUAGUAUAUCUCAAUGCGCUUCAAACUACAAUAAAUAUGAUAUUUUAUAUCAUUGUAACUAA